AUGCCGCCAAAGGAAGCAACUUCCAGCACAGGACCAGCAACUGCCACCCGCACAACCACCGGUGCCGCAAAGCCAACCAAAACCACCGCCCGAGCAAUACGCACAUCUACCCUUAAUAUCACAUCCGUCCCAACAGCAACCGGAUCCUCGCUAGGCAUCUCUCCAUCCGCCACAGCGACAGCAGCAGCAGACAGUGGUAGCAGUGCCGGUUUAUCGCCAGGGGCGAUCGGGGGUAUUGCAGCCGGAGGGGUAGUCCUGUUUGCAUUAGUCGGACUUUUAUUCUACAAGCGACGCAAGAGAGCAGUCGCUUCUUCCAAGGACGGCUACAACGGACAAGGCGGUGAUGGAAAUGAGCCCAUGUACAUGCACGCAUCCAAUUAUGGGAAAAGAAAGAAGGGCCCUAGUGGAAUCUCUGGCCCCCUGGCCCUCGCCCCCGAGAGCGACGCGUCCCCGCCCCCGUUCCCACCGCCGCUCGUCCAGCAGCCUAAGAAACCGUUCAACAAGCACCGCGGCAAUGCUCCCUGGGACAAUCAUGCUCCGCCUCAGCAGAACGAUUAUUACGACGAUGCGUUGGUCCAGGACUAUUACACCGCACCCGAUGUCAUCGGCGCUGGCAGUAACAACGAACUCGUCGGCGCACAGCGAUCCCCCAUCCAAGCACGAGAUAACUCACACGGAAACCUAACUCCAGCACCGGAUUACUAUCUCGGCAAGGAGGACAUCGACCCCCGACGCGACCUCAGGGGAUUGGAUCGGCCCGAGGCCUAUAUCCACGACAAAAAGUCACCACCGCCGCAGUCCCCACCUCCUCUGGCAACCUCUCCAAGAAACGAGAGGUACCAUAAUGACGCGCUCCAACGACAGGACCAAGAUGACAGCCCCCGGACCUCGAUUUCGUCUAAUAAUUCGAGCGAGUACCUCACAUUGGAGCAGGCACAAAAGGCACACCAACAAAAAAUGAUGGGACACAAAGAGAGCAUCGGAUCUGUAAAUAUGCUGAUUAAGAAUGCUACAAAAGACCAACAAUAUCUCAACCAGCAGCAGCAGCGUUCGAAUGACCUUCUCUCGCCCGUAACGCCAUCCUUCGCACCGGACCAUGCCUCAAUGGCCAUCUCGGACUCGACCAUGUCCAUGAUGCCCUCGCUUCCGUCCACCUCGAGCCCUAUGUCAUUCAUUCCCCGUAAUAAUAAUAAUACCAGCGAGAGUCGCAACCCACAAUCUCCCACAAGAUCUCCUGUCAAUCACGCCAGACAAGGCUCCAACCCUCGCAUCGCCACCACUCAGCCCGGAAAACCAUCUCCAUCGCGUGGGCCCGAUUAUGGCCCCCUGUCACCAGGCUACGAGGACCCAUAUGCUGAGAGUGCGUACAGUGAAGACUUUGCUGACAGUCGGUCCAUGAUCUCCAGCACGCCCAAUCACGGCCCCUACGGCGGCCCUUCUAAUGGUAGUCAAUCAUAUUCUCCAUACUCGCCACAACAUGGUGGCAGUUCAUCGGGUCCAUACAGCCCUGGUCCUAGCUCCCGUCCUUACGGCAGUGGUGAGGGAUACCGAUCCCCUAACGGACAAGGCUACGGCAUGCCACCACCACCAUCUCCAUAUAUGGGCAACGGCUACGGCGGCAGAGGCCCACCUCCACAGCACAUGCGAGGCCCUGGUGGCCCAGGAUAUGGACGACCUGGACCUGAUCAUGGAUAUGGACCUGGACCUGAUCAUGGAUAUGGACCCGGACCUGGGCCUGGGUAUGGUCCUCCAGGUCCUGGACGGGCUGGCCCACCACCAAAUUACUUUCCCCAAAAUGGAUACCCAGGUAGAGUUACAAGUCCGGGGCCUGGAUAUGGGCCGGGCGGGUACCGGCCCCAUCCUCCACGCGACCCUGAAUACAGCCAAGGACCCUAUCAACAAGCAUACUAG